CAAAGACAAUGCUAAAAUGAAACCAUUAGAACAAUAGUAUGAAAAGGUUUUACAAGGAGUAGCCAGAUUGCUAAAAAAGUUAUUAAUGACCUAUUUCUACCCAUAUGUUUCAAAGCACUUUUCUUUACAUCCUUUCUGCACUAAAUUAGUAGUGUUUUCUCCUUUUUGUUUACAGUUUACAGCUCAGAGCCAUCUUUGUCAUACACAACAUCAGUUAGUGUAAUUGAAGCAUUUUUAACCAUAUGUUUGUUAGGUAAUCUUUUUAAAGAUUACCUUUUUAAAGAUUACCUAAAAAUCUCUAUUAUCAUAAAAAGAUUAGAGGCUUUUUUCGGGCAUUAAGAUAUUUAAGAAAGUACUUUUGGCUACCACUGGCUACAGCAUCAAAAUACAUGGAUGCCGGCUACUACUCAAGAUGAGCCAUUGGUAAAAUAUGCUUUAUAUAAAUUUAAAAAAACAUAUAUUAUUGUUGGAGAAAAUGCUACAGCAUCGUCGUUUCGAGUACUAAAGAUUAUUCCUUCGGAGAAUGAAACCAAUAUCUUUAUUGAAAACAUAAAUGGAACAUUUGAUAAAAAUGGACUUUCAGAAUUCUUUCGAAUAGAAGAAGGCAAUAGCUCAGAGGGGAAAAUUACCUUCAUCCUCAAUGCUUAUGCAAUUCUAGGCUUCACUCGUUUUACGUCGAGCUAUUAUUUAUAUUUGUGUACAGCUAGGAGAACAGUUGCCGUAGUUGGAGGACACAGCAUAUAUCACGUGGAUAAUACUCGAUUUAUCGAGCUAUAUCCAAAUAGACGAAAACAAAGCUAUGCAGAAAAAAAGUGUCUCUCAAGUAUUGAGAAAGUGGAUCUUGCGAGGACGUUUUACUAUAGCUACAGCUAUGAUCUUUCUCAAACAGUGCAGUAUAGUUUUACUCACCCUAUCCCAAAGCACCAAGUUCGGGACAUGUUCGUGUGGAAUUGGUCGAUGCUUCAGCCUAUUUUGGAAACUGUAGGUAUUGACUCUCCGUGGUGCAUUCCCCUGAUUCACGGUUUCGUCGAUCAAGCUAAGCUCUCAGUUUACGGGAAACCAAUAAUCGUUACUUUAAUAGCCCGUAGAUCCCGUCAUUAUGCAGGUGCUCGUUUUUUAAGACGAGGGAUAAGAGACGAUGGUUACGUCGCAAAUGAAGUUGAAACUGAACAGAUAGUAUUUGAUGGAUCAGUAUCUUCCUUCCCAGUAUCAUCUAAUGCUCCUGGUAUACCUUGCUACACAAGCUAUGUUCAGCAUAGAGGUAGCAUUCCGCUUCGAUGGUCGCAAGAGUUCAGCAAUAUCACUCCCAAACCACCAAUCGGUAUUACCGUAAAUGAUCCUUUUUAUUCAGCAGCUGCUCUUCACUUUGAUCGUCUUUUUGGUCAUUAUGGGGCCCCUUGUAUUGUUCUCAACCUUAUAAAAUCCAACGAAAAGGUGAGACGCGAAUCUCUUUUACUUAAUGAAUUUGAGUUGGCUAUUAAUUAUCUUAACCAAUUUCUUGAUCCUUCGAAGAAAAUACAGUACAUUGGUUGGGAUAUGUCUGCAGCUUCUAAAAAAAAAACUCCGGUAACGAAAACUUUGGAAACUAUGGCUUAUGAUAUUAUUAGAAAAACAGGAUUAUUCUGCACUUCUAGUAGAUUUUUCCAAGGAACAUUUCAACAAGGCAUAUUGAGAACUAAUUGUGUAGACUGUUUGGAUCGUACUAAUGCAGCGCAGUUUGUUUUCGGAAAAUGUGCAUUAGCUUAUCAGUUGCAAUACCUUGGAGUUUUAGACUCCCCAGAACUUGUUUACGAAUCUGAUGCUGUGCGUUUACUUGCAGAAAUGUACCAUGGACAUGGGGAUACGAUUGCAUUACAAUAUGGAGGAUCGUUAUUAGUAAACACCUUAGACACCUACCGAAGAAGCAAUCAGUGGUCUAGCACAUCAAGAGAUCUUAUUGAAAGUGUCAAACGUUUUUAUAGCAAUUCUUUCGUGGAUUUUCAGAGACAAGAUGCCAUUGAUCUAUUCCUGGGAAACUUUACCGUUAUAGACAAAAGCGUUAUUGUGGGGAGAACAAGGAUAAGUAACUUUACUGAAAAGUUUAAAAAUGGGUUACUGGUGAGACGGGAUUAUCGAUUUUGGUGGACACCAUUGUAUCUGAAUUCUUCGUUAAGACUUAAAAGUUUUUACAGUGACAACAUCCAGCGCAAACGUCCAGAGUUACCUGAAUAUUAUUUUGAAGAGCUGUAUACCUGUAAUCGAUUUUCCUCCCUCUCUAGUGUGUUACUUCCGAAUAUGAUUUCUACUUUGAAUUUUGCCCCUUUAAGUUUAUUACCAUUAUUAAGAAAAUCUUUAUUACCUGUUUCGUAUACUGGUAUUGGAAUUGAAACACCGUCAUUUAAUCCUUUUAUUCCACGGACAGAUCAAAAACUAGAUUUUAAAUAUGAAAAGCCGUCUUCUGAUUCGAAUGAGGAUGACGAUGGUGAAAAGUUUAAGAGAGUUUCUUUAUAUAAAUGGCUGUUUAAUAGUGAAGAUAAAAUACAGGAGCAGAAGCAUAAGCAACAAGCAGAACUUCCUCCCGUCAACAAGGAUUCUAAAGUCCUGAAUAAGGAUGUGAAGCAGUUGGAUUUCAAAAUACCUAGUGCUGACAUGAAUGCUUACAAGAAACAUUUUCAAUUCGGAAAUAUAGUAACACAGCCUUUUGAAAAAUAUCAGACUAUGAACAGUCAAGAUCGAACUGCUUAUAUGACUUAUGCUAAUGUUUCAGAUAAUGUUAGAGAAGUAAGGGAAAAAGACUUAACGAUUUAUCAUGAUUUCACUAAUACGGCCUGUUUGGAAGAUAAUGAAAGCACGCUUUCAAAAGGCGAUUACACAGAAAAGAUCGCGCUUUAUAGUGCUUGGAUUGCUGACUAUAAAACUGCUUAAAUAUGAAUAGGAUGCCUGGAUAUACUUUAUUUAUAAUAUAAUUUACUUCCUAAUAAUUUUAAUUAAUUUUUAUUUCUGUCCGAAUGAAUCCGUUUUAUACUUCUCUGUUACGAACUUAAUAUAAUCUUCUUUUUUUCUGUCAGGA